AUGCAGAAGUGCGUGGAUGUCUUGCAACACUCCCUACUCCUACGUGCUAAUGCGGCUUUAACAGCGCGACGCCUAGAACAGCUCUGGCCUAGACUUCGGCAGCAUAAUCCAGUGGCCGUCGGGUCCAUGCAGGCCGCUGAACGACUUCUCCUUGGGCAUCAGGAAGUACAGGUAGAUGAAGGCAAUGAGGUAGCCCCACACCUGGAAGUACUUCUUGCGCGACUGGAUCUCAAUCAGCUCGGUCGUGGAGAUAUCCCACGGCUUCUUCGUGAGUCGCUGGUAGUACUUCGCCUCCGGCGCCGGAAUCUUCACAACGUCCACGUCCAUCGGUUGAAAGUACGUCCAUGCCAUGUAGGUGUCAUAGAUGGCGGUGUUGGGCUCCUGGAACGGGGACGAGGAGCGCACACCACGCUCGUUCAUUGGGAAAGCGUUCUGGAUGUCGCACGUGUUCAUGCACUCACCGCCGGUGGAGAAGGUGGGGCCGUUGCCAACCAACGCCUUGCGGGUGGCGGCCAGGGCAAACAGCGGCGUUUUCCGCAUCAUCUCUGCCUGGAAACUGGCACUUCGCCGGUGGAUGCGAGAGAAACCACAACGACAAGAAAGAAAGAAAGAAAGAAAGAAAGAGAGACAUACAUGACAAUGAGAAACAACAAGAAAGGGAAUAUAUAUAUAUACAUGUAUAAACAGACGGAGAGCCGUCCUAUAGGCUCACUCCUCUUCAUCUUCCUCCUUCGUCUUUCGCUCUUGUGUCUCGACGCAGCUCCUCCUACAGCGAGAGCGGAAGGCGGAAGGGCAACGGCGGCGGGGGUCAACGAGGCGGCGUGGCCUCUACAGCGCCACCCACAUCAACUUACACUGCGACGCCGCUUAUACAACGCGCGCUGCGUAGGCGGCUUCACCUCCGCCCUCGUUGGGAGUUUUGUGAGUGCAAUGGCCCUCCUAAGGAGGUCCUCCAGCCACGACUCCGUCAACUGCGCCGUGCCGGAUGCGAAGACUCCCUCAAUCUCCACCUCGUGCCCCAGCGCCCCCUUCUCCGUCACCCGCGUCAGGUCGUAG